AUGGAUAAGUCAUGGAUUACUAAGCCACUAUCAUCGAUUACGUAUCAACAAGGGAUAAAAGAAUUUAUUGAUUUUGCAUUUAAAGGUGCAAAAGAAAAUGAUGGAUACACCAUGUGGAUCCAUCAUGGAGAGUAUUUUGUACGACCUAGUACUAUCUCCCAUAGUACUGUUCCAAAUAUGGUUGAAGAUACUAUUAUUGUCGAAGAUCCUAUUCAGAACAUGAUCAACGAUGCAUUUGGAGUUGAUAGGAAUCAUGCAAAUGAAAUAUCAUAUCCGUCAAAUUUGGAGAUUGACCAAGAAGAUUAUGUGAUGCCAAGUGCAACUCAGGAAAUAAACGAAGCCAAAGAGUACUAUGAAUUGGCUAGAGAAGGAGAACAACCUUUAUAUGAAGGGUGUAGACGAUAUUCAAGACUAUAUUUUUUGGUUAAGUUAUACCUGUGA